AUUAUGACGUCACUAGCGUUUUAUAGAAUGCUGCCAGUUAUGUCCAUGACCGAACAUCUUACAAAACAAUAAUUUUCAAGUAAAUAUUUUAGAACCAUUUUCAUAGUGCCAACGAAAUGGAUAGAGGAACACACAAUAAUAUAUGCAACAAACAAGAAGCCGAAGAAGAGGUUAUAACAAGUCAAGAACAACCAGGUAAUAUUGCACUUGAUGUUUUGACAGAUAUGAUGCACAGAGUUGUUGAUGACGUUGAUAGUGCGGAAGAAACUAAUCAAAUUUCAAAGUCAAUACAAGAUAUAAAUUUAAAUAAUCUUGCUGAAAAGACAGUAACUGGUGAUAUUUCAUGUAUAGAGGGUGAGCUAUUGAAGGUAACAACGGAAGACCCUGAACAAGAUCAAGGUGAAUUAUUGGAUCUAACAACAGAGGAGCACAAUCAUUCCAGCACCUGGGAUUCGUCUAUCACGGACGAUGAAAUUGAAGUCAUUUGCAAACAUUCAUCGCCUUAUGUUGUAACCACUACGGAUAUGAACAAAAUUCAAAAAAGUGACAAUGGUGAGGAAAUCCCCAUUGGAAGCCUUGAUAUUCAAGGCGCAGUGGCUCUAGACACAUCCAAUGAAUGCGGUGAGCCACAAACUCAGAGUAUAAUGUACAUGUCACAACAGUAUAAUGUACCGAUGCCAGAAACACCCGCAAGUUACCUUGGAUCAGAAUGGGGUAGUCAGUUGUAUAAUAAUCAAGUGCAACCAACACACCAAGACGGUUCCCUAAUGCAGCACCUCUCGAACGGCUUACCACCCCAGUUUAUGCAGCAACCGACCAACCAGCAAUCUGUAAACAAUGGAUUUCAAUACUCGGCACAGGGGACCCAGGCCAACCCUCCAGCAAACAAUGGUUUCCAGUACUCUGCCCAGGGAACACAGUCGAACCCACCUGUCAACAAUGGUUUUCAGUAUUCAUCACAGGGGGCACAGGGCAACACGUGGGCUACAUGGACUACACCUUUGGACUAUAAUCCACAGAACCCAAAUCGGCCCCAAAAUACACCUCAGCAGUUCUGGAGUAGUAAUGCUUCUUUCGUUUCUGGAAACAACGAUUUCCAAACACCGCCUCCUCCCCCGCCGCCGCCUCCGACAUUUCCAGAGUUCCAUCCAUCAGCUAGCAAUCAGUUCGACUUUGCCACAGAACCGUCUGCUUUUAUUUAUCCAUCAAUCUACGUGUCUCAUGCCGGACUCAUCACCGUCCUGCUUAAAGACGACAUCUCCGUGGAAAUGCUCGUGGAUCGUACUGUCCGUCUUGUGAGCCACAACCGCCAGAUGGCGAUCGCUUUGAGCAGCAAAGGAAACAUGAGCAGCAUAUUCCACCCGAUCCUAAAACUACUACAGAAUGGAACGGCCAUGGACAUUGACUUGGGCAGUGUUCAGGCAAAAAUUACAUCACGUGACAUUCAGUUCGCCAAUGAAAUGAGCUGUUUCAAGUUUGACUACACUCAGAUAGAACCCGCCACUCCUAACUUUAAUGACUUAUCGAAAGACAGUUCAGUGAAUUUGUUGUUUUCUUCAGAAGGCUAUGGACAGAAUUUAGUCACGCAGUGUUUGGAUCUUGCAUCAAAAGCCGAAUAUGAAAAUCUGCCGAAAGGUGGCGUCAUCGUUCGCAUCAACGGCGUAAAAAUAACACGAAGGGCACGAGGGGAGGUAAGCGUGGAGACCGGACCGAAAAACAUCAGACUGGUUCCCAACACGGGCAUAUGUCACGUGCAGACCCAGAUCCUGGAUGUCUCGAUAAACCAAGACCACAGUGUCUCGAUAAGACGGGACGUGAACAGUCUGAUAGCCGCCAACGGCAGGGUGGUCCUCUCAAACGGCUGCAUCGAGGCCGGAUUCGACGAGCACAGCCGUCUCAAAGUGCUGUCUCUGCCUCGGCGAUCUCCUCUGCCAGUUGGGGUGAAAAGACAAAGACGACCAGGGGGAACUGCCGGCACAAGGAGGAAGGCCACGGCACUCGGCGGCAUGCCGUAGCGGACGCUCUUCAUCCGUGACGGUGCCUUGUAAGUGACAGCUGCUGAUUCUAAAACCGAACUUUCAGGAAUGGAAACAACUAAAUAAUAAAUCGCCAAACAUAAUAUUUUAGGGUAAAGCUGUUGCGUGUGGUCCACACAGUAUGUAUGAAUGUAAUGGAAUUUACAUAGGCCUAAAUAUCGGCCUAAUCGGGUUGCGUUUAACAUCACAAAAUGUCAACACGUUCUUUUUUUUAAAACGAUCUUAUUGUUCCUUACGACAAAUAACUGACGUGUAUGUAUAUAGAGCUAUGUUAGUUUAUGUUAAUUUGUUUUAAAAUAUAUUUCAUGAUUUUUUUCAAAACUAGCAUUGAUUGGUCGAUUAAAAUAUUUAUUAGCCUACAUUUCGAAUUAAAAAAAGAAAUAGAAAACAAAAAGCAGAAGAGAAAAAAAGAAAGAAAAAGAGUUCGGAUCACUGUUGCAGCGUUAUCAAAAUUUAAUUUAAAAUAGUUUUAUUGUAGGUUCUAUCUUUGGGUUUUGUUCCGUACUUCUUUUUAUCCUCUUACAAUGCAAGUUAGCAAAAUCAAUUCUGUGAUGGGUUUUUUUAAAUGUUUUUUUAUUGUUUAAAAAUGGUUCGUCAUGUACAUAAAAAAAAUUCUGUAACAUAUUUACUUAAUAAAGGUCCCUUGCAGGUGAUACUUGGUAACCAAUACUAUAAUUAUAUAUAUUUCAUACUGCACACACAUGUUUACCAGUGUGAAUUAUACCUGUGUUAUGUGUUUCUUGUUAGAACUGUUUACCUUUCCUGUCUUCGAAAUUAUACAUCUUUUUGAUGGGUACAAUCUUUGUGAUUUUGUGACACAUACGUGUCUAACAGAAGGUUGACCGAACUUGAUUGCUAUGUACAACAUGAUUUAAAGUGUUUCUUGUGUUGCUGUUAGUUACAAAGAGUUUCAGAGGUGAAGGUUUAUUGCAAGUUAUUUAUUAUGUUUUACUUUAAAUCUUUAAGAAAAUAAGAUAUAUAUUUGGCUUAUUUUCGAAGUUUAUCGACACUAAAAAGUACAUGAUUAUUUUAUUGCAGCGAAUAUAUGUGAAUAAACUUAAUAAAGCUGCAAACACAAAGAAGACGGGUCUACGUUAAACAAUAAUUUGAUAUUUUUGAAAUUUGCAAUAUUGAAUUCAUCAUCUUCCAAACGUUUAAAGGACCCUUGAACUUAUAACAUGUCUGCUUUAUUUUCACCGUUGUUUAGGACCCCGUCUUGGUUGCCAAGGUAAGACUACUCUGGCAGUACGAAGAAUCCGUUUACAUGAUGGGUUGUUUUUAAAAAAGUGUUUAACUUUUUACAUGAGUCACUGUGUAAAUAUUAAUUAAUACAUAACAACUAUUAACAUGUAUACAUGCUAUCAGUGUCGUGCAGGUGAUAUUUUAUAUCCAUAUUAUUUUUAAAACCGCCAUAUUAUUAGACAUUUCUACCAGUGUGAACUAUAUCAAAGAUUGCAAUGUUCUCAGAUCAUCCAGUUUCAGUUGUGUGUGCGUGCGUGUGUGUGUAUGUACGUGGGUGUGAAUGCAAAUCAUUCUGACAGGUGCAAUCUUUAUGAUUUUUGUGCGUGAGUGUGACAUAUACUUAUUUAACUUAACCAAACUUAAUUGCUCUGUACAAGUAUUUGUGAUUCCUUCAGAGUAUUAAGAGUUUAUAUGUACACGUUUAUUACACGUUAUUUAUGAUGUUUUAAUUUCAAAAUUUAAGGAAAUAAAGAUAUAAACAUGA